GUUGUAUACUGGCACGAUCGAUUCCGAAUAUUGGCAAUUGGACUGUGUUCACUUCUGUGCAGUUGGAAAAGUUACAAAAACAUAAAAUUAAAAAACCUACUCCAUAUUUCUCAACUUCUACGAAGCCAAAUUCUAAUUGGCAGAUACCAUUACCAAACUCAGAAA